AUGGUGAAAAAUUUACUUCCGUACAAAUGCGUCGUCUUAUUAAGCGAUGACAUCUACAGCGGAACAUUUUCGAAAUCUUGGUUCCGUAGAUUUGGUCCUUAUAUUACGUUUAUCGUGCUAAAUGUAGACGAAUACGAAGACCUCCUCUCCCCGUCCGACGAAACCAAAUCCGCAUUAACCACCGCAAAGAACGAAGGUUGUCAAAUGUACAUAAUUUUAGUGUCCAACGGGUUACAAGUGGCGCGGUUGCUGCGUUUCGGCGACAGAUACAGAGUAAUCAACACCCGAGCGAAGUUCAUCAUCAGCUACGACAACCGCUUGUUCGACAAAAGCCUGUUCUACAUCUGGAAACGCAUAAUCAACGUGAUUUUUAUCAGGCGAUACGGUGGCGAAAGGUCCGGGCAAAGCAUCCCUUGGUUUGAAAUAACAACAGUGCCUUUCCCGUCCCAAAUCACUUCGGUCCUCGUCCCGAGAAGGUUAGAUAUCUGGACGAAAUCUAAAUUUCGCAAAGGGGUGGAUUUAUUCAGAGACAAAACGUCCGAUUUACGUAACCAAACUCUCAAAGUUGCAGCUUUUAGCCACAUCCCAGGGACUACGAAAAAUUUACAAACAAACACAGUUAGAGCGGUGCUUGGGAACUUUUCCGGGGCGGAAGUCGAGAUCUUGCAAACCGUUUCCGCUGCUAUGAACUUCCGGUGCGAGAUGUACGAACCGGUAAACGCUAAUGCUCAGAUGUGGGGCGGAAAACAAGCGUCGGGGAAGUAUACGGGGUUGAUUGGCGAGAUGGUCGGCACUAGUGCCGAUAUAGCCUUGGGAGAUUUGUACUAUACCCCGUAUUUUCUAGAGUUAAUGGAUUUAAGUGUCCCGUAUAACACGGAGUGUUUGACUUUUCUGACUCCAGAGUCGCUCACUGACAACUCGUGGAAGACUUUAAUUCUCCCAUUUAAGCCUUCUAUGUGGGCUGCUGUUAUCGUGUGUUUGCUUAUCAGCGGCGGCGUUUUCUAUGCAUUGGCACGCUUCCACGAAACUAUUAGCAGAAUUAAAGAAAAAACAAAAAACGUAGACCCGUUGAGUAAGAAACGGAAGAUAAUAACCUUGUCUAUGUGUCCGGAUUUGGAGAAACUCGACCCUAAUGUCAAGUAUACCCUAAUGAAGGAAAAGUACAACCCCCCGAAGCCGGAAGGGGAGGCUGUGGGGUUAUACCAGUUCAGUAGACCCUUCAAUAGUAUGUUGUACACUUAUAGUAUGCUACUACUAGUAUCUCUCCCUAAACUACCGACUGGAUGGUCUUUGCGCAUGCUCACGGGAUGGUACUGGUUGUAUUCCCUUCUCUUAGUCGUAGCCUACAGGGCUAGUAUGACCGCUAUUCUAGCCAGCCCGACUCCCCGGGUAACAAUCAACACAUUACAAGAACUAAUCAACAGUCGAUUAAAAUGCGGCGGUUGGGGCGAGGUCAACCGUGAGUUCUUCAAAAUGUCUCUCGAUCCUUCCACCAAACUCAUUGGAGAGAAUUUCGAAGUCGUUAACGAUUCGAACGAGGCAGUCGAUAAAGUGGCACAAGGGGUCUUCGCAUUUUAUGAAAACAGUUAUUUCCUUAAGGAGGCGUUGGUGAAGAGGCAAUUGCGAUUUCAAAUGUCGAGGGUAAGUUCGGCUUCUAACCAGUCGCAAGAAAUGAAGGAUAUUGCGAAAGAGGACCGAAAUUUACAUAUAAUGACGGAUUGUGUGAUUAAGAUGCCGAUUUCGAUUGGGUUGCAAAAGAAUUCGCCAAUAAAACCGAGGGUUGAUAAAUAUAUAAGACGUGUUUUGGAAGCCGGUUUGAUCAAAAAAUGGCUAGAUGAUGUAAUGUCGCCUAUUUUAAACGCAGAGGUUCAAAGAACACCUGAAGAAAGCAAAGCUAUAAUGAGUAUGAAGAAGCUUUUUGGUGCUUUAGUUGCUUUGAGUAUCGGAUAUUUCAUCAGUGUUGCUGCACUAGUGGCAGAAAUUAUUCACUUUAACUACCACGUUAAGAAGGAUCCGAAUUAUAAUAAGUAUUCGCGUUCGAUUCAGUAUGUUAAGAAAGCGGAAUAAAACAA